AUUUUCUUUAUGUACAAUCAGUUUUCAUUUUUAUUUGUCGUAAUUAAUACUUACAGGGCUGUGAAAAAAUGCAGUGUUCGGACAGUGCCAAAAUGACCUCAAGCAGUAAAGUUUGUUAAUUAUGAUAAAAAUAACGAGUGAAUGAUAAACAAAAUGGUGACAUGUGAAUUGGACAAAGAAAUUUCGGGAGAAUUGCUCGGAUUAAAAUUGCCGGCAUGGCAGGCGCUUCUGUUGCAUCGUGUGCUGCCCUCCUGCGGUGGCCUGAUCAUCUACAUAGUCCUAAUUUGUUAUGAUUUUACAAUCAUAGUCGAACACUUCUUAAAUGGCAGUGAAGGAAUGGGAGUAUUUUGCACAAUUCUCAUAGGAUUACCAUCACUGAUUUCCUUGGUAUUCACGUUGGCAUCGCCUCCGCCCGGUUUCCGGACUGACCAUACGGCGUUUUCGGUGACUGUAGAAAAAGGUGACAUAAAAUGGCUUAUCAUGCAGUUUGUUAACGCAAUCUUCUUUCCUAUCGCUGCAAUUGGAAGAUAUUGCUACCUAAUAUUCUGGUGGGUAGAAGCUGUGAGUGCAUCUCGCAGUGAUGACAAGGAACGAACAAAAGAAGCCAUUCGAAUGGCUCGGGCUCCCUCUCCGGUCGAGCUGUACCUAUUCUUGCAAUCCUUCCUCCACGCUGCUCCACAUGCCAUCAUCAAUAUCCUCGAUUUGAUGGUUCGAUGGUCUGACGUAACUUAUGAUAGAGUUUCAGUUCAAGCUAUAAGUAUCGUUGCAUCCACUCUACGCAUGGCUAGCACAGCUACAAUGUAUAGAAGAUUUGAAAGAGAAAAGAUAUGUGGACGCAAAUACCCAUGGGGAACUCAAAUGUCUGAUCCACUGUUAGAUGAAGACGAUAACGACAAUGAUCAACUUGAUGAUACAGGAGCUAAUAAAACGAAAUCAGCAGACGAAGAAACUAUUUAUGAAUCGAUAACGAAAAAGAACUCGAUCAUUUCAGAGAAUUCCAACAGCAAUCAAUUCCGAAACACGAAUAGUGAUUUAAUCAAGUUCUCUCCGAGAAAUACUGUUGAGAUGUCUUCCGCAUUUUUCGAUAACGAAGAGCUUACGGAAUCAGAUACAAGUUCAGACUAUUUACCGCCUAAACGAGAAAUUUCCGGAUCACAAGAGUUAAAUAGCGAUGACGAAUAUGUAAGGCCAAUUACAAUAAUCGAUAGAGUGGCACCAUUAAGACGAAAUACUGAUUACACUAUUGAGAAAGUGGAAAUUAUCCCGCCUCCAGUAAUGAUGGCUCCAAGACCGAUGUCACUAGCCGUGUGGGCAGAAAAAAUGAUGGAAAAUGCGGAAUCUAUUCCUACGUGGCUAUCAGCACCUCCGAGAAGGAAAUAUUGUGAUGAAGUAGUACAAGAUGAGCCGGAUAUCCCACGACGUGUGCCAAGGUCCUUCAUACGUGGCCUUGAACCCCAAGACGCAACAGCAGCAAUGGUGCACUUCUUGGGAUGGUACUCGUUUUUUGUAGCUCGUCUGCUCUCUAUAGCAUGUUUCAUCAAUUUCUUUCCGUUUGUUGCCAUCAUAGUUCUGUUUUCGCACUACCAGGUGAUGUUAUUGUUCCUGAUAGUGCCACAAGCGAGUACCGUGAGGAGAGCGUUCUACAUAUUCCUCGCGUUCAUAUACUUAUUCUGCUUGAUGGAGUUUAAGAUACGUUUCCGGCACGUGCGAGUGUGGCAUGUGUUCUGGGUUAUAGUGUGUACUAUAGAGACCGUUGUGUUCACCGGCCUCUGGAUUUCCAUAGACAAUACUGUCCACGAGUGGUGGAGAUAUUUUAUAGUAAAGGUUAUUGUAGUUAGUCUUACGUUAAGCUACAUCUGUUUCCUUUUUUAUUUCGUAGUAUUGCAACCAAGAGAGGCGAUUGUUUAUUUAAAAAAUAAUAAAAAUAAUGAGAAAAGUUAGUAA